UACCUCCUUCCGACUUUCUCGCGCGAUUAUCAUUUACAAAAAUGCCCCCGCAGCAUCUCGUCCUCCCUUCUGGCUCCUGGAUUCUUGUGACAGGUGCCAAUGGGUACAUUGGCUCGCAAAUAGUCAACAGCUUCCUUGCUCUUGGCUACCGCGUGCGUGGCACUGUUCGUACUCCGAAACCAUGGCUAGACUCAUACUUUACUGAAAAGUAUGGGGACGGAAAAUUCGAAUCCGUCGUCGUUCCGAUGCUUGAUGCCGAAGAUGCUUUUAAGGGUCCAAUGCAGGGCAUAAGCGGAGUGGUUCACGUUGCCACAGAGGUUUCCUUUAACCCAGACCCUCAACAUGUCAUUCCGCAAAUGAAAGUGGCUAUGGAGAACAUUCUCAACACCGCAGCCGCGGAAGAGUCUGUCAGACGGGUGGUUUUUACAUCUUCAGCUGGAGCCGUUCUGAUCCCAAGGCCCAAUGAGGAAAUUAUUGUUGAUGUCGAUACCUGGAACGAUUUUGCAGUUCAAGGUGCAUGGGAUCCAAAUUCUCCAGAAGAUUUCAGGGGAGCCUUGGUAUAUUGUGCAUCCAAAGUUGAAGCGGAGCGGACGGCAUGGAAGUUUAUGGAGGAGAAAAAACCCAAUUUUACCUUCAACUCAGUUAUACCAAAUGUGAAUUUUGGACGUAUUCUUCACCCUGAAAUCAGAGGCUCCUCAAUGGGUGGAGUCCGUGAACUGUUGAAGGGGGAAGCAAGGGUUGCGAAGCUGCUCAUUGCACAAUGGUUUGUUGACGUCGAGGACACUGCUAAAAUCCAUACAAUCGCGCUUCUGGACCCCGAAGUCUCAUCCGAACGUAUCUUUGCAUUUGCUGCUACUUAUACCUGGACCGAGAUCCUAGGCAUUCUUCGAAGACUCAGACCAUCGAACGAUAAGAUUCCGGCUACACCAGAAAAUGAAGGCCAUGAUUUGAGUAAGAUCUUACCCGCUAAACGGGCAGAGCAGCUCUUGGAGAGAUUCUACGGGAAAGGAUGGACAAAGUUAGAAGAUAGUAUUGCUGCUGGGAUUGAUGGUUUUGAAUAAUGUAUGGAAUUCUGUUUCCGGCGGGUACUUCAGUACGCGAAAACGCUGAAUCCCAAAAACAGCCGUGUAACAUUUUGAAUUUAGAAAUCGUUGCAGAACAGCUGUAAGCAACAAUUGAUUACUACAACGUCAAGAUUUUAGAAACGUGACUUUUAUAGCAGCG